GAGGGUGGCCCCAACUCAGGCGUGCUAGGGCUCCCCGGUCCGCGCGUCCGCGGCCUAGCAGCGAGGGUGCGUUGCUUGCGCGCGCAGCGGAAGGCAGUGCGCCGGCGCGCGGUGAGCGCGGGUCCGCGAGCGCCAGGCCGGGUGCUGUGGGGCGGGACCCUCGAGCGGUUGUAGGCCAGUCUCACGUUUGGGGCGCGAACGAGAUGGUGCCCCCGAGGCGUUAGCUGACUUUGGUCCGUUCUGGGCUUGCAGCCGACGCUUCCCGGCGCGGCCCGUGUGAUGGUGCUGGGAGGAAGGAAACGCCGUGCCAGUGCCUCAGUUGGAGCCCGGGUUCCGGGGUUGAGGAGGCCCGGGAGCGGAGGAGCUGGCGAGCUGGCAGCUGGUUGAGCGAGUGGUCACAAUAGGAGGCGGUGGCCCAGCGGGGAGCCGCGGGAGCAGCCCCGCAGGGCGGAGCCUCCCUUCGCAGAUAUCUCCCGGGGCCAAUUCAACAACUCUACCUGGCCAUCCUAACAAGGUGAUUUGUGAAAGGGUGAGACUUCAGAGCCUGUUCCCUCUCCUCCCAAGUGAUCAGAAUACUACCGUUCAAGAGGAUGCUCACUUCAAAGCUUUCUUCCAGAGUGAAGAUAGUCCAAGUCCUAAGAGACAGCGCCUUUCUCAUUCAGUCUUUGAUUAUACAUCCGCCUCACCAGCUCCCUCACCACCCAUGCGACCAUGGGAGAUGACAUCAAAUAGGCAGCCCCCUUCAGUUCGACCAAGCCAACAUCACUUCUCAGGGGAACGAUGCAACACACCUGCACGCAACAGAAGAAGUCCUCCUGUCAGGCGCCAGAGAGGAAGAAGGGAUCGUCUGUCUCGACAUAAUUCUAUUAGUCAAGAUGAAAACUAUCAUCAUAUCCCUUAUGCACAGCAGCAAGCAAUAGAGGAACCUCGAGCCUUCCACCCUCCGAAUGUGUCUCCCCGUCUGUUACAUCCUGCUGCUCACCCAACCCAGCAGAAUGCAGUAAUGGUUGAUAUACAUGAUCAGCUCCAUCAAGGAACAGUGCCUGUUUCCUAUACAGUAACAACAGUGGCACCACACGGGCUACCACUCUGCACAGGCCAGCACAUCCCUGCUUGCAGUACACAACAGGUCCCAGGGUGCUCUGUGGUUUUCAGUGGACAACACCUCCCUGUCUGUAGCGUGCCUCCUCCAAUGCUUCAGGCAUGUUCAGUUCAGCACUUACCAGUACCAUAUGCUGCAUUCCCACCCCUAAUUUCUAGUGAUCCAUUUCUUAUACAUCCUCCUCAUCUUUCUCCCCAUCAUCCUCCUCAUUUGCCACCACCAAGCCAGUUUGUUCCUUUCCAAACACAGCAAUCACGAUCACCUCUGCAGAGGAUAGAAAAUGAAGUGGAACUCUUAGGAGAACAUCUUCAAGUAGGAAGUUUUACUUAUCCCCCAUCAGCCCAUCCCCCAACAUUACCUCCAUCAGCUCCUUUGCAGUUCCUGACACAUGAUCCUUUGCAUCAGGAGGUGUCCUUUGGAGUACCUUAUCCUCCGUUUAUGCCUCGGAGGCUCACAGGACGUAGUAGAUAUCGGUCCCAACAGCCAAUACCACCUCCUCCUUAUCAUCCCAGUUUACUACCAUAUGUGUUAUCAAUGCUUCCAGUGCCACCUGCAGUAGGCCCAACUUUCAGCUUUGAAUUGGAUGUAGAAGAUGGAGAAGUAGAAAAUUAUGAGGCCCUGUUAAACCUGGCAGAACGACUGGGAGAGGCUAAGCCUCGAGGACUGACAAAAGCAGACAUUGAACAACUUCCUUCUUAUCGGUUCAAUCCUAACAACCACCAGUCAGAACAGACUUUGUGUGUAGUAUGCAUGUGUGAUUUUGAGUCAAGGCAGCUACUUAGAGUCUUACCUUGUAACCAUGAGUUCCAUGCCAAGUGUGUUGACAAGUGGCUUAAGGCAAAUCGUACCUGCCCAAUUUGCCGAGCUGAUGCUUCAGAAGUGCAUCGGGAUUCAGAAUGACCAACCUAAGAGCACAAAUUUAGUUUGGGUGUUCCUCAUCACAUGUAUAUACGGACUAUCCAUUGAACUUAAUCUGUGUGGCUUCCAGCCUUCCCUUUACCAAAAGGGUCAAUGGACCUUUCUUUGCACUGUGUGACUUAAUCAACUAUAAAAGCUUCAAUUAGUCUUCACAAUUAUGGGAUUGUUAUACUAACCGUGUGAUUGGAACUCCAAAGACUUUUUCUUUAGCUUAAUUUGUGUGUGCACUAACAUUCCCUGGUUUUUGUGUGAUCAUUCCGAGUGUUGCUGCAAGAUUACAGUGGACGUGAUCUUUUAGCAUGUGCUUUUAUAAAAAGUGGUAGCUCCAGAUGAUAUAGCAAUCUACCUUAUAUAGAGCCUUCAGAAACUGUGAGUGGAAAUGAAUGCAAUGAAUGACUGUUGGAUAGAUGUAUAUGUAUGUGAGAGAGUGUGCAACUAUUUGUGUGAGGGCAUGGUAGCUAAUGUGUGUAUGAGAUCCUAUAUACCAGCAUGUACCAAGAAUGUGUGUGUAGUUUUAAUUAUGCUGCAAUGUAUAAUCUGGUGUGUUAUUUAAACAGCACUAGUACUGUACACUGGUUUUUCCCCUUGUGUUUGCUGUUGCACACUGAUUGCUAAGGGUGCAUCAAUUAUAAGCAUUGAAUACUCCAUCCCCUUCCCUCCCAAUGAAUGGAAUGAGAAAAGCCUUCUUCCUUUGCUUCAGGCAGCUGUCACCUUCUCUUCCUUGGUGGUCCUAAAAAUGGGUCACCCGAGAAAAAAAGUGUAACAGAAAUGCACUCCAUGAACCUUUCUGUUGUGAAAAGGAAAUUUUUAAAUCUCCCAACUUGCUGUUUCCAAAAAGAAGGUGCAAUAUCAUACAUAAUCAGUUAGCAAUAUUAGCAUUUCAAUCAGUGAUUUGAAUGUUAAUACUUUUUUUCUUUACAUUUCCAGUAAGCGUCUUACAGAAAGAACCUGUGAUUUUUUUUUUUUUUUUUGUUUUGUUUAGCUUUGUAGUCUAUUCUGAAGAUAUUUGAGUAAUAUAUUUCUAAGAAAUACCACUGGCCCCGUGAAAUCUUGCCUCCUUGACUUCUACCACAGCUAACUCAGCUUGAUUUCUAAUGUGUUCUUCAAGCUCCAGUAGGCAACUAAAUUGUUUUAAGAACAUUGUAUUUGUUUAUAUUAACACAUUUGCCAAACUUCAAUGCAAAAAUUUGUGUAGUUCUUCCAUCAGUAAAUGUGCUUCUCAUUGAAACACUUGUUUCAGGAUGGAUCAAGUGCUGUGAUAGUUCAUGUUCCUUAGAUCUGAUUUUCCUUGAUGUUUUGCUGCUUUUUAAGAAAUUUUUGUUUAAAUGAGAAAAGUUCAAUACAAGAGUCCAGAAUACUUGGAGUAUAAAUGAAGAUUUGAUUUUUGUAUUAAAAAAAUAAUGCUGUCAAACAGGAAUUGACCUUCAUUUAGUUGAUCUAAAGUAAUACAUAGCCAUUUUUUAAAUAGGUUCAUUGUGCAUAAUUGAGAUUUUCAAAGCUAUUUGCCCCCACACAUUUUAGAUUCCUUUCUCAUUCUUUUAACUGUACUCAACAUUGUCCUUCUUUCCCGCAGUUGAUGUCAUUGCUUUGUUUGCAGUAGUGCAUGCUGCAUUGCUCCAGUCAGAACUGUGAUAUUUGCUGCCAGCCUCACUCAACUCCCAGUUGGCUCUGAAUCAGUUUUGUACUCAGUAUUACCUACUUGUUACUGCCAUGCUGCUUGCCCUCCCUUGAAGUCUCUAUGAGCUUAUCACAGCCUAGAGUUCAGUAAAGUCCACACAGAAGCACAAUUUUGUCCUCUUACACUGUUGCCUCUAAUUAUACAAAUAGGAUUUUGCAUUUUCUCUUUGCCCCUAGAUUUGUCUCAGAAGUAUACCUAAACAGUGGUAAAAUGCAUAUUUUAUUUUCAAAUCAUUAUAACCCUUUUCCUUUUUCUGUUAAAUAAAAGUGUGUUAAAGACCAAAAUUACUGGCAUAUAAUAAUCAGAUACAUACAGAUCACAUAUAGUUUAAUCUUUAUUUUUUUUAAUUAAAAUCAUGUUUAAAAUGGCAAAAGCCUAUCUUAUAUAUAGACUUUUAUAUAGCUGCAAAAGAAUUUAUAUCUGUACAGAUCUAACAUAACACUACUACACUCAGUAUUCAUUUUAUUGAAGCAUGCAAGUAAAGCACUUUUUCUAAUUUAUAGAGAUACUUAAUUAACAAGGCACAUUGUACUAAUGACUAGGAAAAGUAGCUUUUUCUUCCCUUCUGACUAAAUUCUUGUCAUAAUGUCCCUUUUCCAGCAAAUUUUUGAGAGGCAGUCAGCAAUUUAGGAGGCAGCAGGGUCUGUUUUGAAAAAAUCCAGUUUUAAUUAUUGGGCUGUUAUUACUGAUCUCUCUCUUUGGGAAUGUCUUAUCUUUGCAUGGGGCUCUUAACAUAGGUGUCCAGGCUUGUUCACGACAUGGUUUGUUAUGAGCACAUAGGCAUGUGUUCUCACCAGUUCAGACUGACCGCAGUGAGCAACUGUGUGGCUAAUAAGUGAAAAGAAGGUUGAUUCAUGCCCAGCUGUUGUCACCUCGGGUGAUGCACUAGAUUGCAGGCAGAUGUAGGUUUGUUGCCUUUGUCUUUUUUCCUCCUAAAACAGUGUUGACUCUACCAUUUUAACUCAGCUGUGGGUUUUUCAUAUUUUGGGGGUUUUUGUGGGUUGUUCAUUUUGGAUAUGGCUCACCCCCCACAAAACAACUCAAAGCCUCCAAAUAUCAAGACCCUCGUAUAUUAGGAUUUUUCUGUCCUGAAUUUUUUUUUUUUUUUUUUUUUUUAGUAAAUCUGCAAAAUGUGAAAGUAUAUUUAGAUUUUAUACAUACUCUGAAAAUGAUUUGUUAAGAUUCUUAAAUUUGGGCCUCUUGUAAUAAUUUUGCAAUCUACCAAGUUAUGAGAAUAUUUUUCACAGAUAUCUUUGGGUCUUCGUUAGCUAUUUUCCCCCUGUUGAUACAUUUGGUUACCUCAUUUUACUGUUCAUUUCAGAUAAUGAAAGCUCACAGGGGUGUUUGUUGGAAUCAUUUGCUGAGUCAGUUCCUCAAAUCAUAUUCCAUUGUAUCAGUUAACAUAUAGUUUUAAAUGUAUGUAUUAUAAAUAUCUGUAACCAAAUCAUUUGAAGGCUUGAUAAAUUUUUAACAAAGUUUGUACAUUUUUUAUGAAAGUUACUAGUAAUGCUUUACUAAGUAGUGCAAUGAAUUUUUAUUUUUAAUCCCUGUGCCCAAUUUUGGAGUUGAGAGGGUUGUUGGUAAUAAAUGUAUGAUGUACACUUAAAA